GGUAUCAAGUCUUAGAGGCACUGCUGAGUCAAGACGAAGCAAGUUCUCACCAAGAUCCAAAGGAGAUACACCUCCCAAGGGGUUAAAAGGACAGGAUGAAGACUUCAAUCCUGACAGGGCUCAUCUUGGUCUUUGCCAUUUGUUUCCCGUUCAGCGAGAGUCAGCCAUCACAGCGCCGGCCAAGAGCAAAGACAAUCAAUAGUCGACCAGUACAAAGUUUGCCUGCCAGGACCUCACAAAAUAGAUCUCCACCCACGCAAGUCAGUAGGAAACCUCAACCCCGUUCUCAUGCCUCUGCCUCACCUGCACUGCCACACAAAGCAGCCAGCCAAUUAUCUUUAAAUUCUAGGACAUCAAGCAAAAAGAAAAAACCUGUCCUGACAUCAAAAAGGCAAAGUCUACAAGUCAGUCCUAAGAAAAGUACAUUGACCUCUGCCAAGAAAGGCCUGACCCCCCUUCCAUCUGGUUUAACAAGACGAAAUACUCCACGGAGCACAAGUAAAACUCUAAAACAGCCGAAAAAAAAUCAGAAGACGACCGCCAAGAAACAGUCAAAACGGACGGCAGCAGCACCAAAGCCAUCUCUAUCUGUAAAGAAAAGUCAAAAUGCAUCUAAAAAAAUCCUGUCCACCUCUGCCAAGAAGCAGCUGAAUUUCCCAAGAGUGGCUAAGGAGGCAUCAAAACAAACUUCAACUUCAAAGAAAAGUUCACAGAAGUCCAAGAAAAUCCAGGCUAGGCCUGCUAAGAAACAGUUACAACAACGCACAACUAAAUCAACUCCCCAAAAAAAAGUAACUAAGAAGAAAUCUCAAAAUACUUAUAAACUUACCAAGUCUGUAUCCAAAACACAAACUAAGUCCACGACAAUAAAAAGUUCCCCCAAAACUUCUUCAGCUCCAAAGAAAAGACCAACUAAAUCUCGUGAGACUCUGCCAUCACCUGCCGAGAAAAAACAGAAUCGGGCAAAAGCAGUUAAAGCAGCCCCCAAAAAAAGUUCAGCCAAAAAGAAAAGUCUAAAGAAACAAAAAAAUAAACAGUUAACGCCAGUCAAAAAAGGGCCAGCUACGGCAACAGCAACGAGAGCAGUAUUAAAAGUCAAAAAGAAAAAUCUAACCACACCUAAAAAGACAGCAUCUACAUCUGCCAAGAAAAGGCUCAAUCAGCCAAAGAAAGUUGCAACAAAAAAGAAAAUAUCUAAAGCCAAAAAUAAAGUGUCAAAGAAACCCAAAACUUUACUUCACCUGCCAAGAAACAAGUGA